CCCGCUCCGCUUGGCCCUGUCAAUCACAGGCCAAAACAAGAUGGCAGGCUGCAGGAGCUGGCUCUUCUUUUUAACAGUUUGUGCUGUCAGUUUGUUCGGGGCCAAUGCAGAAAUCAAAGUGACCAUUCCUGUGGGGAGGCUAUUUACAUACGAGCUGCUGAGAGAGACUUUCCAGAAUGACUUUGAACCUUUGUCAAAACUCUACGCUGGUCGCUUGUACGAUGACCCCAUGAUUUUUAAGUGCAACCGCCAGAAUUUUCCAGACCUCCCAGAGUGGCUGCGCUUCACCCAAAGGCACCCCUACGAUAAUGGCUUCCUGUACGGCACGCCAACAUCUGAAGGAAAAAGUAUAAUUGAGAUCUACGCCAUCAACAAACGGAGCUAUGAAGCAACCAGACAGAUCCUCGUGAUCAAAAUCACCGCAGAGGAGAUGCUGCCCUAUCAGGCCGAGUUCUUCAUCGGGCUGCGGGAGAUUGAGAGGGUGCUGCCCUCUUCUGUUCAGGACGAGAUAAAGCAGGACAUACAGAAGCUGUGGGACACGGAGGAGUUGGAAAUCGUCAACAUCACCAACGCCCUGGACCGCGGCGGCAGAGUCCCCCUCCCUCUUGCAGGACACUUUGAAGGUGUGUAUGUGAAGGCGGGCUCGCAGCAGCAGUUCUCAGAUUGUCUCCUGAGGGUGUCGACACCAGAGCAUCAGAGGCAGUGCAGAGCAGGGGGCAAAGUCAAGGCUCCCAGAGGAUGCAACUUCUGCACCAUUCCCAGCAACUGUAUCACCUGGUGCAAGACGGAGCUGUUUGACCUGACACAGAAGGAGCCGACUCUCCCUCCUCCCACGAUGGGCUCGGGGAUCCUGGAAGAAGGAGGCGAGUUCGACCCUCCCGAGUCUCCCCCGAGCAGAGACUAUUUCCCAGACUACAUCGUGACGGUGAUCGUGCCCCUGAUCCUCGCCAUCAUCCUGUGUAUCCUGCUGGCCUACAUCAUGUUUGGCAGACGGGAGGGAGUUGCGAAAAGGAAUGCAAGAACAAAUCAUAUUCAGCUGUACCACCACCACACCAUUCACGACAACUCCGAUGAGCUGAGGCACAUGGCUGCAAACCGCCGCGCUCCUGCACCUCUGUCCACACUGCCCAUGUACAACAGCCGGACUGGAGACACAGCUCCGCCGCUGCAGUCCGAAAGCCCGAACAUCCCCCUCAUCAUGGCCCAGCAUGAUCCUUACAGCGACACACUGCCCAGGAAAUGAGAACAGCGAUGGAUAAAGUGUCUGAUAAACUGAGCGAGAUUCAGACAGUCUUUGGUUCUGUAUUUGCAGUGUGAAAAUAUAUAUUUUUUCUUCUUUAGGUGCCAUUGAAAUACAUUUAAAAAGUGUGUAGUUUGUCAAAUUGUUAUUUGCUGUUUGUGAUUUUCUGUAUUCCACCUCCGUUCACUAUCAAUAAAAAAUAUCAAAAGCUG